CAAAAAAAGACGUUAGCGUUCGGUCUGAGACUGGCGCAAUGCCCUAAAACAAAUGUCUUAUAAAACUUGUUUUUGAUUGCUAACGAAAAGCAACAGAGAUAUAUCUUGUGUAGAUCGAAGAAACUGGUUUAAGACACAUAAGGUGAAGAUGGAACCUUUGGAUCCAGGAAGGAAUGUUGGAGGCAGCGGAUCCUCCAGGCGACGCAUUUCUUCUAUUUUAAAAGCACCACGGAAAUCAUCAGUGUUCCAGGACUUGGAGCAACAGGAAAAUAAGGUGGAAAGCGCAAAACCGGUGGAAAAGAGGAUUUCAAGAAGAGUCAGUUUUGCUCCAGCUGAUGAUGUUCUUUUGUUUUCUGAAGAUGCCAAGAAUGUUUCGAAAGCGGACUCCCCUCUACUAUUGGGAGCAGCCACUACAAAAACACAUGACAGGGCUCAGGUGAUGGCAGCUAAAGAAAUAAGCCCACAGAUAAUAGGUAUAGAAAGCCUGCUGAAUGCUCCACUACAUGCUUCCCAGCAAAGAUUAAUGGUCCAUGCUGACAGUGGGGGUGACUUUGGAGAGAAAACAUUCGUGUUUUCUGCUGAGGAUGGCCUCAUGGACAUCACUCACAAUCACACCACACACAUCAGCAGCAAUGCAGAGCUCUUUGGAGAGGGGAAAGUCAUUGAUUUAAUCACAGACGUACCUCCCAGUCACUCUGUACAAGCAGCAAAUAAGUCAUCACCUUUACUGAUUGAUAAAAAGGCACAUUCCAGUAUGGAAAAGAGAACCCUUUCCACUACAGUGCCUUUUAUGGAUCCUGACUUUAAAAACUUCCUCUUAAGUCUCGCCAAACCAAGUUCCUGCACAACCAACGACGUUCUCAUCGGGAUAAAACCAUCCUCUGAGACAAAAAAAUCAUCCUCAUCUACGAGUGAAACGCAAAACUCAGAUGUUGACAAAGAAAAUCAGGUCCCCAAGUCUCUAAACGGUAGAAGGAGUGUUGGAGAAGCCUUUCGUGGUAGUCCUCUCCAUCCAGAGGAUGAUGCGUGCAUGGACAUGACAGAAGCCCAGACCGGUCAUACUCUCUUGGAUGACGAUGAUCCUUUCCAGUGUCUCUUUCCAUCUCAAGAGAUGUACAAAAACUCUGAAAGAACAGCAUCACAAGCCAGAGAAAUGACAAAGCAACAGGGCCAUACCAGCUUGGAUUCAAACUCUGUAAAAGCUGAGAAAUCUGUACCUUUAGUUUCUAUCCCUCAGGAAAACUAUAUGGUUACCUCAGCUGUAAAAAGUGACCGUGGGGGGAAAACAGAUGAGCUUAUGCACAUCACUCAAAGUCGCACUGGAAACAUCAACAGCAGCUUAUCAGCCAAUACACAAAUACCAGCAUAUUGCCGGGAUUCACAUUUUCCUAUGUUUACUCCAAGUCGUUCCAAAACUAUCGACUCUGGUAGAAAUCCUCAGAAUCCCACAAUCCAACCAAACACUGCUCCAACCUCCAAGCAAACUAUCAGCAAAGAUCACUUCCUGUCACAGCACAAAAUGCUAAAGAAUGAUGAUGAUGAAGAGAACUGCUCUCUGAGUAGAAACAGAAGUCGCAGAGAGGCGCUGUCAGUGAUCAGUCCUAGUUGUGACAUAAGUAUGGAAAUGACUGAGGUUCAAACAGGGCGCAUUAUAGGAGCCAAUACAAGCAUGGAAAUGACUGAGGUUCAAACAGGGCGCAUUAUAGGAGCCAAUACAAGCAUGGAAAUGACUGAGGUUCAAACAGGGCGUAUUUUAGGAGUCAGUGACCCAGAUGAUUCUCUUCAGUUUAGUCAAAAGAAAGAAGUCUUUGCUUUAGGCCAGCAGAAAAACAAAGGACCACAAACAUCUGAUCAUAAAGGAAUGAAAACCCAAUCAAGGCUGUCUUUGAAGAUGCAGCUAAAAAGGGAUCAGGACAAAGUUGUGACAGUAGAUGACUACAGAAAAAGGAAAAUAGGACUCUCUGCUAACAAUUCCUGUUUGGAUGUGACACAGAGUCAUACUGUAUACAUUGAUACUGCUAUCAGACUGGAUUCCCACCAAAACGUUGGCAUGUCACCCAUGUGUGGGGAGAAGACUGUGAUGUUUGCUGCAGAUGACGCUGAAAUGGAUAUGACUCGGUGCCUGACAACUACUCUAGCUUCAGAUUUAGUCCCUUCCGUUAUGAGACAAGAAGAUCUGUCCUGCAAAAAAUUGUCAUCCUCUCACAAUUUUGAACCUGCACAAGAUGACGUUUUCACAAGUUUGACAACAGUAAAAAACAGCGAUGCUGUUGUUGCAAGAAAAACCUGUGGUACUGCAGAGACAUCUGAUGGAUGGACGGUUUAUCAGGAAGAUGACAUGGAUAUGACUGAAGCCAAGACGGGCUGUAUUUUUGGAGCUGAAGCGAGCAUUAAUGUGGCACGAGAUCAGACUGGCCAACUUGUAGAAAUGCCAAUAAAACGGGCAGCCCUUCAGGCCAUUUUACCCACUGGAGGAAUGCACCAUCAAACUGUCAGUGGGAAGAUGGAAACAAUAAAGCAUCAGCAGCAUGAGGAAGCUUCCACAGCAUCAAACUCUGCAGACACUCUAAUGAAGACCUCUUUAAAGACGAUGAUACAAAGAAAUAAGGUUGAGUUUGAUGCUAAAGACAGUGGAGAGAAAACUGUAAGAUUUGCUGCCACUGAUGGCUGCAUGGACAUCACUCAAUGCCACACAGUCAACGUUAGCUGUGAUGUACAAUUUCACUCGCUUCCAAAUGUGGCGUCCUCGUUUGGAGAGAAAACCGUAAGAUUUGAUGCAAAUGAAGCAGUAGAAGUUUCUACAGAUUUAAAAAUGCUGUCCCACCAAAACGAGAACCUGUUGCCUGCUAGUGGAGAGAAAACUGUGAGGUUCUCAGUGGAUGAUGCCAACAUGGACAUGACUGGGAGUCACACUGUGACCAUUGCACAUGGUUUAAAUCUUCCACAUCAAAAGGUUGACCUAUUACCUACUGACAGUGAGGAAAAUGUAAGGUUUAGGGUAGAUGAUGCAAAAAAGGAUGUGGCAAAAAGUCGGACUUUUAAAGUCCUUUCAAGUUCAAAUGAGCUUCCACCUGCUAAAGAGAAUCUGACCAAGCUCGUAUCAAACAAUGCUACAAAGGAUGUGACCCAAAGCUACACUGUAAGCAACGCCACUGAUUCUGACCAAAAAUCGACCCAGAUUUUGGACUCCUCACUGGCCAACGUAGAGGCUAUAAACAACACCCUAGUAGACAAGACCAGAAGUGGCACCAAAAGCAUUUUAAAGAAUCAAAACCCAGAGUCUCAACCCAGUAUUGACAUUUUUCCAAAAUCUACAGAAAAAACCUUAGAGUACUCCAAAAAUGUUCCAACCAUGAAUCUGACCCACUACUUGAAUGCAGAUGCUGUCAGCAAUCAAUCGUUAGAUCCACUUAUGUCAGACCAACCUAUUACCUCCAUGAAAGAUAAUCUUAAUGAUACCUCUUCUGUGAAGGAGACAGAAAGUGAGAGUUGUGGUCUGCAUUCAAACCCACCUUCCUCGGCCCACAAUAAGCACGCUGCAUUAAACAGCUCUGUCUUUCUGACAAGCUGUGCCCAGGAUGAUACUAAAGGAGAUGCAUCAUCAUGUCCAGAAUCCAAUUCUUGCCCUAAAACAGAAGAACAUGACACUGAAAAUGAAUCCCCAAGCUUGGUACCAGGUAAUGCAGGCAAAUCACCAAAUAAAACUGAGGCUGAGGAAAUCAGUGCCUGUAUUGGCAUGAUUGAGGAUCCUAUGGAACGUCUGGUAUCAGCAACAGAUGGCCCACCUCAAAGUAUGUCUUCAAAACAAGACCCUCAUUCAAAAUCUUUCAAGGAAUUGGAUUUGACUUUGGAGAACAACGGAGCACUAGAGGCAUCCAAGUCAGAUGAGCUGGAGGAUGUAAAAGAACAAGUUCAAACAUGCGUACAACAGGCAAUGGAGAGCUCACCUAGUACUGCAGAUCAGAAUACCCCACCGUCACAGACGUCUAGACGAAAGAGUUUAGCUGAUAUCAAGUCAAAUAUCAGGCGUUUGAGCCACUUCAUAAAUACAGCUCCUGAUGAAGAUAUGGAAACUUGCACAGCUCCGUUGCCUCAUCUGGACGAAAACUCAAAAUGCAAAACCUCAUCACCAGUAGAGCCAGAGGUUGAAGUGGGUUCAGGAAACAAUAUGAAUGAUGCUGAAGCUGAGAAGCCUACAACAGCAGAACAGCCCUUUGUUGCACCCAGUAUGACUCUUUCUAGCUUAAAGACAAAACAGCUAAUGUCAAGACUUUCAGUGGGAGGUUUUAAACCAAAACUUCCCAAAAGAAAAAGUGCAGAUCAGGUAAAGAAGUCUGCUUCUGAUAGAGAACCUACAAAGACAUUCACCAUCAAUGCCACCAAUCAGCUGAGUGGAGAGGAUAACAUCUGUAUUCAGGAUGAAGAGCUGCUUGACUGUGAAGAUUUUUCUGAAAUGAUUGACACCACAAAUCUUGAAAAUACUCCUACAAAGGACAGCACUUCCAAUCCAGUCUUCAGGUUGCAGCCUUUAGAGCAGGAUGUUGUUAUGGAAGAUUUCAUGGUCAGCAGCCAGAGACAAAAGAGGUCCCUGCUUGAAAGUGAAGACUAUAAGGAGGAUGAGAAGAGACAAAAGAUGUCCACAAAGUUAUCUGAAACGGCCUUUCAGACCGAAGCUGACUCUGAGAGCAACGUCUCUGGGGUUGAUACUCACACCAUUGAUUCCUCCAACAGCAGUCCCGCAGGCAGCAGCAGAAGUGAAAUUGCGCCCGAGUCCACGUUUAAACACAGCCUGUUUGAAUCCCAGCUUGAAGACUACAGCGGCGAUAAACUUACGAAACUUGAAGAUGGCACAAUUACAUUAUUGGAGUUCUUCAAUCUCUUAAGAAUAGAUGUUUUCAUCCAUAACUGUCGGCAGAGCGUCCUUCCUGGCAGACUUUCGUCCAGCACGGAUAAAACAUCAUUAGAUACACUUAAAGACAAAUAUAUAAACCAUCCUAAACAGAAGAUCUAUGAGAAAGAUGUUCAGAGCCUAAGAGAAAAAGUGGAAGGGCUUAAGUAUCAAAUGCAGGAUUUAGGCAAACCCUUAAAGACUGUUAAUAAAUCUCUGUGGGAAGAAGUGCUGAAAUUCACAGAAAAAGAGUUCCAGUCCUUUGGUGCCAAGCUAAAGGAAAGACACAACUUCUUCAGAAAACAUAGCAAAGAACAGGGUCAUGAAAUGAAGGAGGUGCUCUACGCUAAUUUGGUUGUAGCCAAUCUGGAGGAACAGCAGAAGUUGAGGGGAAAACUCAAUCAGGCAGAUCAGAUGAUUCGAAGUUUGGACGAAUGUAUCGGUGAAUUAGAAGCAGAACUUGAUGCAGUGGAGGGAAAAGGCUCUGAGGACAAACCAGGUCUAACAUCACUACAGGAAGAAAUGUCAAAGGUCACUGAAACGUUGGCGGACAGUGAGAGACAAAUAUCCGAACUGGUUUUGGAGAACGAGAAGAAGUCAAAGGAUCUGAAUAGACUUAAAAGUGAAGCGAAAGACCUGCAAAGCCGCAAUGACGUGCUGGAUAUGAUAAAUGAAUGGAGGCUUGAAGAAAACAAGGACACCGGUUCAGUCUACACGUUCCUUUAUAAGACUAUGUUUCUGCGUUUGGUGUAUGAAAAAAACACUGGAGAUGAUGCGAAGAGCAGAUCUGAGAAGAAAAUGGCAAAUAUCAGCUUCGAAUUUAAUCUGGAUGAGAAGUCAUAUUGUCACGCCCGCCUUGUUCAUAAAUUAGUCUCUGGGUACGUUGAGGGAGAGUCCUGCUGGGUGGAGAAAUAUCCCACAAGUCAACAUGUUCCACAGCUUCUUCGUGAAGUCAGCUUGGUUGUGGGCCGCUGCCGCCUUGUUGGAGAAGAGAUACGUCUGCUGAAGACGUGGGGGAGUCUUCGGUUUGAUAUCCUGGAUCUCAGCUGCUCAGAGACCCAAGUUCACAUUGUCUUCAGCAGCCUGAGGAAGUUUACCAAGUUUGAGGUGAUCUUUGAAGCUGCGUUGACCAACCAGAGCUGCGUCUUCCAUGUGCAGAGCUUUAAAAACGUGAUAGGGAGCACAACGAUCCAGCAGAUCGAGGAAGUUGUGGCUUCACUAAGUCCAGGAAGGAACCUUUUUACAAGGAUUAUCAAGAAGGUUCACCAAACUCUGCUUUCAUAACAUCAGUAGAGUUAAUUCUUUUGUUAAUAAAUCAAAUAAAUGUAUAUUUUUUUAUUCCCUUUAAUUUUUUUGCAGGUUAUUCAAUCCUAAAUGCCAGUUUAUCUCUGCAGUGCAUUUAUAUUAGUAAACAAAAAACUGCAUUUUCUGUAAAAAUGAAAACUGUUGGGCUUGGUCAAAUCACGCCUUUUGUUACUUACUAAUCAGUAAAACAUUUUUAGUUUAUUAAAUUCAUUAAAUCCUAAUAAAAAUGUGUUCUGAUGGGUUUUUGUUUUGUUCUACUUGCUGGUCAUGUUCUUUGGGUGCUGAACAUAUGUAUAUAUCUUUGACUUGCUGUUUAAAUG